AUGGAAGAGCAAUUAGCAGAAUCACUUAAAAACAUAUCGAUUAAGAAAAAGAAUGUGAGCAUAGUGUUUAUAGGGCACGUGGAUGCAGGUAAGUCAACGACAGGCGGACAGAUACUCUACCUCUCAGGGAAAAUAGACAAAAGAACACUUGAAAAGUACGAAAAAGAGUCGAAGGAAAAGAACAGAGAAAGCUGGUAUCUUUCCUGGGCACUUGACAGCAACCCAGAGGAAAGAGACAAGGGCAAGACAACAGAGCUAGGGCAGGCAUACUUUGAGACAGAGAAUUCAGUGGUUCAGAUACUCGAUGCCCCAGGACACAAGAUGUACGUUCCCAAUAUGAUACUCGGAGUGAACCAGGCAGACAUAGCAGUGCUUGUCAUCUCUGCGAGACAAAACGAGUUUGAAGCAGGAUUUGAGAAGGGAGGACAGACAAGAGAGCACAUAUACCUAGCCAAGGCAUCGGGGAUAUCGAAGAUAUGCGUGCUAAUCAACAAGAUGGAUGACAUCACAGUCAGCUGGUCCGAAGAGAGAUACAACCAAAUUAUCAAAUCAACUAAAAAACUGCUGCACACCCUCUUUGGAAAGAAUGAAGUAGUCUACAUGCCCAUCAGUGGAUUCCUCGGAUACAACAUAAAAGAAAAUAACCUAAGCGAAGUGGCUCCGUGGUACAAAGGAGUGUCAUUCUUCGAAUACUUGAACAAAAUAAAUAUAGUCCGAGAGAACAGUGCGCUAAUGUACGCGUCAGUGACUGAUGCGUCAAAAGAGAUGGGAGGAUACUUUAUAACUGUGAGAGUGGAAAGAGGAACUUUGGAAAAGUCUCAGGUUAAACUCUUCCCAGGAUCUAGGAAAGUGUCUGUGAUCUCCAUCACGAGGGAUGACGAGGAAAUAGACAAAGUAUUCUCAGGAGAAACCGCCAGAAUAAAGCUGAAAGAAAGCGAUGAAAUAUUUCCCGGAGAUGUGCUCUCUGCGCUGGACUACUCUGACACAAAAGACUCAAACUACUUCAUGGGCUCGCUGAGCAUACUGGAUGCAAAGUCGCUGAUCACAAAGGGAUACUCUGCGGUUAUGCACAUGGGCGCCAGAGAGGUGCCUGUUACAAUAGGGGACCUAUACAAAAAAAGCGACGAAAAAAUAUUAAAGGUUAAGUUUGCAAAAACAGGAGACAAGCUCAUGGGAGAGAUCUUUGUGAACUCUCCUAUUCCGCUGGAGGUGCACACCGAAAACAGAAGAACCGGCAUUUUUACGCUGCGAGACGAAACAAGAACCGUUGGAUUUGGAAAAGUCCUAAAAAUAAAAGAAAGAAAGUAG